CGGAUGCCAGAGAUAUGAUGUGCCAUGAGUCCGAACUCUCUAUGACCUGCCAACGGUCCUAGAUAUCUUGCCAUCGGGCUCUAUUAUGGUACCGUUGUCAGGUUGUGACUUUUGCCUGCAAGGGUACCUUAUUGGGCGUAGAGGCCGCCAAAGCUCCCAUCGGGCUUGUAAGAAACGAAGCAGCGUCAUCCUAACGCUGGAACCUCAACUGAGAAAACAACGUCAGGUCAAUAAGGGGAGUAGGUCGACCGAGUGGGAGAGUCUCGAAUAUCUUCGUAGCUCUGACCGGAACUUAAGCCUGGGACAACAUUGUGUUAAACAAUAACAGGAGAGUCAGGAACUCAAAACACCGGCCAUGGGGCAUCUCGUGACGGUUUCGACCUGCAGCUUGAACCAAUGGGUUCUCGAUUGGGAAGGUAACCUCGCCCGCAUCAUCGAGAGCAUCCACCAGGCGAAAGCUGCCGGUGCUCGCCUUCGUGUUGGUCCAGAAUUGGAAAUCUGCGGGUACUCGAGUCUGGACCACUUCCACGAGCUCGAUGUCUACACGCACAGCCUCGACAUGCUCCGCCGGCUUCUGCUGGACGAGAGCACCCAUGGCAUCCUCCUCGACGUCGGCAUGCCCAUCCUGCACCGGAAUCUGCGCUACAACUGCCGCGUCAUCUGCCUCGACGGCAAGAUCCUCCUGAUCCGCCCCAAGAUGUGGCUCGCCAACGACGGCAACUAUCGCGAGAUGCGCCACUUCACCCCCUGGAUGCGCCCCAGGGAGACGGAGCUGUUCCAUCUGCCCAAGAUGCUGGCCGACCUGCAGGGCGACACCCAUGUCUUGUUCGGAGAUGCCGUCAUCUCCACUCCCGAGACCGCCUUUGGCGCCGAGACGUGCGAAGAGCUGUUCACUCCCAAAGCGCCGCAUAUCGACAUGGCGCUUGACGGCGUCGAGAUCAUAACGAAUUCCAGCGGCAGUCACUUUACCUUGCGCAAGCUUGACACCCGUUUGCAGCUGAUCAUGGAAGCGACUCGCAAGUCCGGCGGCGUCUAUCUCUACGCGAACCAACAGGGCUGCGAUGGCGAGCGCUUGUACUUUGACGGCUGUGCCAUGAUCAUUGUAAAUGGCGAUGUGGUGGCCCAAGGGUCCCAGUUCAGCCUCAACGACGUUGAGGUUGUCACAGCCACCGUCGAUCUUGAGGAAGUGAGGUCCUACAGGGCUUCCAUCUCCCGCGGCCUGCAGGCGGCGGCAUCUACUGCCAAGUACCAAAGAAUCCAGACCCCGUUUGAGCUCAGCUCGGAGGAGGAUGACUCCGACACCAGCAAGGCGCCUACUCUUCCGAUCCAGCCGCGGUUUCACUCGGUGGAAGAGGAAAUCGCUCUAUGCGGCGGUUGCUACCUGUGGGAUUACCUGCGCAGGUCCGGGACUGCUGGCUACCUGGUGCCCCUGAGCGGAGGCAUCGACUCGUGUGCAACCGCAGUAAUCGUCUACUCCAUGUGUCGCGUCGUCAUGCGAGCCCUCCACGAAGGCAACCCCCAAGUCAUUGAGGACGUCAAGCGCAUCGCACGGUACAACGGCCAGGGCGUCCUGCCCAAGACGCCCCAGGAGCUCUGCAACCAGGUCUUCACGACCCUGUACAUGGGCAUGAAGAAGCAGAGCUCGCGCGAGACGCGCCAGCGCGCCAAAGACCUCGCCGAGGCCAUCGGCAGCUACCACGUAAACCUCGAUAUUGACGACAUCUACGAGGCGCAGAAGAAGCUCGUCGCCAGCACCGUCGGGUUCGAUCCCAAGUUCAAGGUCGAGGGCGGGACGGAGCAGGAGAACUUGACGCUGCAGUGCUUGCAGGCCAGGAUUAGGAUGGUUACUGCUUAUGAGUUUGGACAGAUUCUGCCGACGGCGAGGAAGAGGCCUGGAGGCGGCAGCUUGUUGGUGCUUGGUAGUGCCAACGUUGGCGAGGGCCUAAGAGGCUACUUGACCAAGUACGACUGUUCCAGCGCGGAUAUUAAUCCCAUUGGCUCCAUCGACAAGGCGGACUUGAAGCGCUUCAUUGCGUGGGCUGAGAAGAACUUUGAUCUACCGUGUCUUCAUGACUUCUUGACGGCUGUUCCGACCGCCGAGCUGGAACCCAUCACACAGGACUAUGUCCAGAGCGAUGAAGCAGACAUGGGCAUGACGUAUCAGGAGCUGACCAUCUUUGGCCGGCUCCGCAAGCUCAACAAGCUGGGCCCCUUCGGCAUGUUCCAGCGGCUUGUGCAUGACUGGAGUAUUGACCGCGAGCACAAGCCCGACGACGACGCGCCGUACUACACGCCCGCGCAGGUUGCCGAGAAGGUCAAGAAGUUCUUCCACUUCUAUGCCAUCAACCGUCACAAGAUGACCACUCUGACGCCUGCGCUCCACUGCAACGACUACUCGCCUGACGACAACCGCUUCGACCUGCGGCCGUUCCUGUACCCGCCGUUCUGGAAGAGCUGGAGCUUCAAGCGGAUUGACAUGGAGCUCGAGAAGAUUGAGAAGAAGCGGGCGAGCAAGAAGUAAUGAUCAGAUUAUAGUUGAGCUAAUUCUCGGACUGUAUGUGAAGACUGGUUAACGG